AUGUGGAUAAAACAUGCUCAAUACAAACAUCUUUUGGAAGUUUAUGAGUCUAUCAGAGGAAAGAAAAAAUGCAAUUUACAGCAGCAACUGGGUGUGUUCAUUGAUAUAAACGGCCUUUUGAGGUGCAAGGGUCGUGUAGAAAAUGCUUGUUUAACGGAGUCUGCUAGACAUCCGUUACUGCUACCUCGCGAUGAUCCUUUAACAGUGUCAAUUGUCGAAAGGGAACAUAAGCGUUUGCUUCACUCAGGUGUGUCUCAAACACUAAGUCAACUUAGAUAUCGUUACUGGAUACCGAGCGGAAGAGCUACGGUACGAAAAGUUCUUCAUAAGUGCUUAUUGUGUCGUCGAGUUGAAGGAGGAGCGUAUAAAAUGCCUCUUAUGGCUCCGUUGCCUCGUUCAAGAGUUACAAAAUCAACACCUUUCAGUCAUAUUGGAUUGGAUUAUCUCGGACCAUUAUACAUAAGGGACAAUCAAACCAUAACAAAAGUGUGGGUGUGCCUAUAUACAUGUAUGGUCACACGUGCAGUUCAUCUAGAAAUGGUCAAAGACAUGACAACAAAUGCAUUUUUAAACAGUUUUCGGAGAUUCAUAGCAUGCAGAGGAAAACCACAAGAGGUCAUCAGUGACAAUGCGUUACAUUUUAAGCUGGCAAAACGUACAAUUGAGUUGCUAUGGAGUUCAAUUUUGAAAAGUGAUGAUGUUCAAACCUACAGUGUAUGUGAGGGUUUUAAAUGGAGGUUCAUUGUAGAAAUCGCUCCAUGGAUGGGCGGCUUCUAUGAAAGACUUGUUGGUUUAACUAAAAGAAGUUUACGUAAAUCUAUUGGAAAAAAGUUAUUGGACAGCGACCAGCUUAUAACUAUCAUAAAGGAAGUUGAAGCUAUUGUGAACUGUCGCCCAUUAGUUUACGUUGGAGAGGAUAUAAACUCCAAUAUCACGCUGACACCUUCACACUUCAUAUGUUUGAACCCAAAUGUUGGGUUUCCUGAAAUUGAAAUAUCUUCAGAUGACCCAGAUUUUAAGGUGAUAGAAAGUUCAGAGGAUAAAUUGUUGGCAAUAUGGAAAAAAGGACAGCGGCUUUUAGAUUCCUUCUGGAAAAUAUGGAAAGAGGAAUAUUUAUGUAGUCUUAGGGAAAGAACACAAACAAAUUUAAAACAAGGAAAACAUAAAGUACAAUUCAAUCCAAAUGUAGGUGAUGUAGUACUUAUCAAAGAUAAUACUUCUAGAGGUAGCUGGAGGCUAGGACAAGUAAUCCAUCUGUAUGUUAGUUCCGAUGAUUGUGUUCGUUCUGCAGAUAUUGAAACUGCAUCAAAAAAGUCCUUAAAAGACCUUUAA